AUGAAAGUCCGGUCUUUCACAACUUUAUACCGGCAGCCAUGGCCCAAAUCGUCCGUCCUUGCACCUCGACUUGAUCCUACCAUACCCAUCGAGGAAGAGAAGACGCCGAACUACGACGCUGAUCGUUUCUACCCUGUCCACCUAGGCCAGGUUCUAAACAACAGAUACCAAAUUGCAACAAAAUUGGGUUACGGCGCCAAUUCCACUGUAUGGCUUGCUCGAGACCUUAACCGUUGGCGGUGGUCAAAAGACAAGUACGUCGCUGUCAAGGUUAAUUCAAGCAGCCAUGUUUCGCGACGAGUUCCACCUGAAAACGAGGUUGACAUCAUGAACCACAUUUCUCGCGUGAAUCCUAAGCACAAAGGCUGGCAUUUUGUUAGGAAGCUUCCCAACUCGUUCUCAUUAAAUGGCACAUCAGAAAACCACGUGUGUCUGGUCUUCGACGCUCUGCGUGAGCCUCUAUGGCUCUAUCGCAGAAGAUAUAUCGACAAUGUCAUUCCCCCGGAUAUCCUCAAGAUCUUGGUGCAAAUGAUCUUGCAUGCUCUUGAUUACCUCCACACAGAAUGUCAUGUAAUUCAUACAGACCUUAAGCCCGACAAUAUUAUGGUAAAAAUCGAAGACCCGACCAUCUUUGAUCGAGAUGCCAAGGAUGAAUUUGACAACCCACUACCACAGAAGCACCUUGAUGGACGCACUAUUUACCUUUCCCGAAAUAACUACGGGCCACUUGCCAAACCGACGGGUAUCAUCCAAAUCGUCGACUUUGGUCUCUCCGCUAGAACAACACCAGGACAGGUCCACACGGGUGCCAUCCAAGGGGAGAUAUAUCGGGCCCCAGAGGUUAUCCUCAACGCUGGGUACACGUACUCGGCAGAUAUAUGGAGUCUCGGGGUGAUGUUGUGGGACUUGCUCCAAGCCAAGGCACUUUUCAACCCUGCGACUGCUGAUGAACCCGACGAAUACGACGACCAGACUCACUUGGGCCAAAUAACAGCACUCAUAGGACCUCCGCCAAAAGAUCUUCUGCCCAAGGGUCAAAGAACUUCCAUGUUCUACAAGAGCAACGGAGACCUCAAAGACCCCAGCAGGAUUCCUUCUAAUUUUACCUUGGAAAAAUCCAUCACUUGCAUGAGUGGUGAAGAAAAGACAAGGUUCAUACAUUUUGUAAAGAGGAUGUUGACAUGGUCCCCUGAAGCGAGGAGCACUGCAAAAGAUCUGUUGGACGACCCCUGGCUGUACGAGGAUUUCGCGCAAGAUUAG